AUGUCUACCCGACCGGCCAACAUCAUCUUCAUUAUGGCUGAUGAUCAUGCUGCCAAAUCUAUAUCAUGCUAUGGCGCAGGAAUCAACAAAACACCAAACCUUGACCGCAUCGCCAACGAGGGCAUGCGCUUCGACCACUGUUACGUCACCAACAGCAUCUGCACGCCUUCUAGAGCAGCAAUCCUCUGCGGCACACACAAUCACGUCAAUGGAGUCAUGACCCUUGACUCCAAGAUCAACAAAAGACUACCCAAUGUCGCCAAGCAGCUCAAGUCAAGCCCUGCUGCCUAUCAGACAGCAAUGGUGGGCAAGUGGCAUCUUGGCGAAGGCAAAGACCACGAACCCACGGGCUUCGACUACUGGAGCGUUGUGCCCGGGCAGGGAGAGUACUGGGAUCCUCAGUUUAUCGAGCCUGAGGGUACCACCCGAGUUCCCGGCUACGCAACCGAUAUCAUCACGGACAAGUGCAUUGAAUGGAUGGAGAAGCGUGACAAGGAACGGCCAUUCUUUCUUAUGUGCCAUCAUAAGGCUCCUCAUCGGUCUUGGGAGUACGAUAGCAAACAUAAGGAUCUCUACAAGGACCCCAUUCGCCUGCCCGACUCUUUUACCGAUGACUACAAGAACCGCGCCAAUGCUGCGAAAGUGGCCAAGAUGAGAGUCGCCGAGGACUUGACGUAUACCGACCUGGGUGUAGUCCAACAAGAGGGUCCCAGAAGUCAGGUCGGAGAGAAGAUGGUGGAUGUCUGGUGGUGGAACGACCGCAAGAUCCCUGCCCCUGAUGAUGUCACAAAACUGAAACUCAUCUGCAAGGAAACAGCCCAAAGCUUUACUUUCGAAACGCCCCAAGAGCUGGCUGAGUGGAAGUUCCAACGGUAUAUGCAGAGGUAUCUCCGAACUAUUCAAAGCAUCGAUGAUAACGUUGGUCGCAUGCUUGACUGGCUUGAUCAAGAAGGUCUAGCAGAAGAUACCAUUAUUGUCUAUACUUCAGACCAAGGUUUCUUCCUCGGAGAGCAUGGCUGGUUUGACAAACGCUUCAUGUACGAGGAGAGCUUCCAAAUGCCUUUUAUGAUUCGCUACCCACGCGAAAUUGCGCCCAAGUCGGUAUGCAAUGAUAUUAUCUGCAAUGUCGACUUCGCGCCCACGUUCCUUGACUUUGCCAACGCUCGUAUCCCUACAUACAUGCAAGGUGUAUCCUUCCGCCCUCUUGUCAAGGGCCAAACACCUUCCGACUGGCAACAAGUUGCAUACCAUCGCUAUUGGAUGCAUCGGGAUGUUAUCCACGAGGCCUAUGCGCACUACGGUGUUCGUGAUCAGCGAUAUAAGUUGAUAUACUGGUAUGCCGAGGACUUUGGACUUGAGGGUACUAGAGAAGGUGGACAGGACAAGGAGUGGGAGCUUUUUGACUGUCAGGAGGACCCGUUAGAGCUGUUUAACUGCUAUCAUGAUCCUAAGUAUGCUGAUGUUGUGAGGAAUAUGACAAAGAUGCUAGAGGAUAAGAUGGCUGAGAUUGGAGAUGAGCCUGUUCACAAACUAUCUAGCUCAUAG